UGUGCUGGGCCCUGACCCCCCCAGCCGGGCAGCUGGGGCCUUUAUGAGGUGGGGGCUCCUCGGUCCUCCCUGGCGGCGCCUGCAGCUGAGAGAAGGGUCAGGAGGUGGUCAGCCAUGUCAUCUGAGCCACCUCCGCCACCCCAGCCCCCAACACACCAGGCCUCAGGCGGGCUGCUGGACACCCAGGGGGCCCGAGAUCGGUCACCGUCCCCUCUUCGGGGCAACGUGGUCCCGAGCCCGCUGCCCACCCGCCGGACGCGGACCUUCUCUGCGACGGUACGGGCUUCUCAAGGUCCUGUCUACAAAGGAGUCUGCAAAUGCUUCUGUCGAUCCAAGGGCCAUGGCUUCAUCACCCCGGCCGACGGCGGCCCCGACAUCUUCCUGCACAUUUCCGACGUGGAGGGCGAGUAUGUCCCUGUGGAAGGCGACGAGGUCACCUACAAGAUGUGCUCCAUCCCCCCCAAGAACGAGAAGCUGCAGGCCGUGGAGGUGGUCAUCACGCAUCUGGCGCCUGGCACCAAGCACGAGACCUGGUCCGGCCACGUCGUCAGCUCCUAGGAGACGCCGGAAGCAUCCCUUUUCCCGGGCCUGCGGGAGACUCUGGGGGGGAGGGGGAGGCAGGACCAAACGGUGGAUGACGGUCCACCGCUUGAGACGGGGCCUCCAAGGGGGGAGCACGGUCCCCUUCAAGCAUCUUCCGGAGGAAGGGGCGUGGGAGGCAGGCACGGGGGUGCCCUCGGCCGCCAGCACAGCCUCGGACCAUGGCAGCGGCCUCUCACCAUCUGAAAAGAAUUAAAAGCAUGGAAAAAGGA